UUUACAUCGAUAUGAAUUAAUACGACUUUAGUAGUACUGUGGAAGUAGUUUAUUUCAUUUCAAUACACUCCAGAAAACUUCAUAAGUCUAAUGAAUACAACCAAAUUUGUAUCAUAUAUUAACAACUGUACACAAUACAAUAAUACGAGAGAUGGAAAUGAACAAGUGUAUAUAUUUCCGAUAUAUUUAUUUUUGCUUGUUUUAAGUCCGAUAGCUUUGGUAAUCAGUUGUUUAGCAUUAACAGUUUUAACUAGACCACAAGCAAUACGUUUAGGUUCAAUGCGAGUUAAUUUAAUUACACUGACAAUAUUCGAAGCACUGUUGAAUUUAAUGAUUUUCCUGGUUUCAUUAUCUUAUGCAACUAAACUACUUAGUGACCAACAAAAUCUUUUCAAGACACUUAUAGAUAUUGCGUGUUUUAUUUUAAUUGGUGGUGCUUUAUGUUCACGAAACUGGACUAUAACGUUAAUAUCAUUAGCACGUUGUGUUGCAAUAACUAAACCGAUGAUGUCACGAAAAACAAAUUCACAUUUAUUCCAACCAAAAUGGAUGGCCGUGUGUACAAUUAUUUGCAUACUGACAGGAUUUCUGCUCAGUGUUUUACGACUGUUUGAAAAGCAAAUAGAUGUUUGCUUGAAUCAAAAUAACAGAAUUAUACUGUUACCAAAUACGCAAUGGAGAAUUGCUAAGGAUUUAUUUUUCACAUUUCAAUCAGCAUUACCUAUAUUAAUUGUUGUAUUAACAACAAUUAUUAUGUUGAUUGCUUUGUUCCGUCACAAAUUACCUAAUUUAAAUCAUAAUAUGCCGAAUAGAUCUACAGAACGGUCAGAUGUUCAUAAAAGUAAUCCAAUUAACGUCAAUAAUAACAACUUUAAUGCUGACUGUUCAUAUACAUCUAAGCAAAAUUCUACACGUACAAGACAACAUCAAAUUUUACUUGAAUAUAAAAUGAAUGAACGUCGUUUACAAAAUCAAGUCAGAGCUACACGUAUGGUUACAUUGCUUACAGUUGUAUUUAUUUUAUUUGAAUCACCAGUAUUCUUUUGUGUAAUAUUUGAGUAUAAAUUUCCCCAUGGACAAUUCGAUCUUGUGACAAAUGCAUUAAAGAGUUUAGUCGUUCUGGAUUCAUGUGCAAAUGUUAUCAUCUACUUAAUUAUGAGCAAGCGUUUUCGACAGGAAACUGUACGCCUGUGGAGGUAUGCAAGACGUCAGACAAGACAAGUGUUAACCAAUCAGUCAGAAGUAACGUUUUGAGGCUGUUUACUUUCUGUUAAGUUGCUGUAUAUAUACUGCAUAUCACAAGAAGUUGUCAGGGUAUCUGAGUUUACAGGGUGAUGAAGUUUGUUAAAAACAAAUGAAAGGAAGGCUAUCUGUUAAGAGAAAUGAAUAUAGAAACCCUCAUUUUUCGGUGAAGUUCAUCAAAUAGAAUCUUAAAACUUAAAAAAAGUAACAUAAACUCACUUUAUUCUUGAACAAUGUGACAUACAGUAUUCCGUAAGUUUCGUGUGAUAAUUAUUUCCCCUUACACUUACCGAAAAUUGUGACUAAAGACACUGUGUUCAUUCUGAUGUAAAUAAAAUUCAUUUUGUCUGCUUUUGGUUAAAUCUACUUAUUAUAUAAAACAAGAACCUUGAGAUUUAAA